AUGAUAACAAUUCCAAGGACCGUGGUGUUUGACAAGAAGACAGGAACCAAUAUACUUCAAUGGCCUGUUGAGGAAGUGGAGAGUUUGAGGUUGGGCAGUAAUGAAUUCAACGAGGUGGAGCUUGCACCAGGAUCAGUUGUGCCACUUGACGUGGGCUCAGCUACACAGUUAGACAUAGCUGCAGCGUUUGAAAUAGAUAAAGAAGCUUUGGAGGCGACUGUUGAGGCUGAUGUGGGUUUCAAUUGCACUACUAGUGGUGGCACUCGCAAUAGAGGCAUUUUAGGACCAUUUGGCCUUCUAGUUCUUGCUGAUGAAACUCAAUCUGAGCUAACACCUGUUUAUUUCUACAUUGCCAAAGGCACUGAUGGGAGUGCUGAGACUCACUUCUGUGCUGAUGAAUCAAGGUCAUCAAAGGCUGCUGAUGUUGGCAAACAAGUUUAUGGAAGCAAAGUUCUUGUGCUAGAUGGUGAAAAAUUCUCUAUGAGAUUAUUGGUAUGCACCGCUAGUUCAGCUAGGGUCCAUGGGAAAGACUUGUUACAAACAUCGUUGGAUCACUCCAUAGUGGAAAGCUUUGCUCAAGGAGGGAGGACAGUCAUCACAUCACGAGUUUAUCCGACAAAGGCAAUAGACGGAGCAGCUCGAGUAUUCAUGUUUAACAAUGCCACAGGAUUGAAUGUCAAGGCAUCAGCAAAGAUUUGGCAAAUGGAUUCAGCAGAUAUUCACCCUUUCCCCCUGUAA